AUGUACACUGGAGAGGAAAAGAAGGCUUUUGUGGAAGGUCUCAAAAAGGUACUGAACGAUCUGAAGGCCAAAAAAGUCAAAGACUUCGAUAGGAUCACUCGAGCCAUCAUCAAGUAUCGGGCAGACUUCCUCAAAGACCCUUGCAAAGUCCUGCCACUUCACGGUGUCAAGAUUUGA